AUGUAUCUAUUGUUCUAUUUUCUUGGUAUUUUUAAUCUAUUAUUAGCAUUUGCUCAACAGCCUAGACUAAUUGUAGAAAUGAAAACAAAUACUUCAAUUAUUCGUGUACAUCAAUGCGGUUCUAGACGAGAUUUAUGUUUAAAUACUCGAGGAACAAAUACGAUACAAUCGUCGAUAAAUAUGGACGAACCACUUAGAGCAAUCCAUGAGUAUAGUAAUACAAUGUUAUGCAGUUUACUAUGGAAUCCAGAACCCAAUAAUGUACUUGUUAUUGGACUCGGCGGUGGAGUAAUUCCCCGAACAUUUCGUUAUUACUAUCCGAAAACAAUAAUUGAUAUUGUUGAAAUUGAUCCGAAUAUUGUACAAAUAGCCAAAGAACAUUUUCUAUUUAAGAUCGAUCCGUUAAUGAAUCUAUUUGUAAAUGAUGCAAGACUUUAUAUUCGAUCUGUGAUUAACCAACAACUGAAAACAUAUGAUAUUAUUUUUUCUGAUGCAUUUACAGAAUCUGAUGAAGGAACACCAUUUCAUUUAAAGACUGUUGAAUAUUUGUUUGAAUUGAAACAGUUAUUAUCAAAACAGAAUGGUAUUUUAGUAACAUAUAUCCAGAAAGAUUCUUCUGAUUAUUAUAAUAGUCGACAAACAUAUUCAUUUGUUUUCAAAUAUAAUUAUGCUUUUAGUGGGCAAACAUGUAACUGUGUCGUUCUUGUAUCAUACGAUAAUCAUUUGUUUCCAAUAUUAACACAAACGCAAAUGAUAAAUAACGCAAUUAUAAUUCAAGAAAACAAACAAUUUAUGUUCAAUUUGACAAUGGAAGCACUUAAAUUAGAAAAUGAUGAACAUAAAUGGAGCAAUAGCGGAACUGUGCUCAAUGAUAGAGCUAGAUUUGUUGCUACUAUUGUGGGAAAAAACUAUUUUUCAUUCUAUUCGGCAAUAGCAAACGACAUAAAGCCUAGUGGAAGUGUUUAUUGA